GGUAUUCAAGUCUAUGUAACCGAUACGCAUCUCUUUUGGGAGCAUUCAUUAAGCUUGCAAUAAUGCUCAUGGUGCAUUGGCUCUAUGCAAUUUUUUGCAUCAUAACUGUAUUUUUAGUUUGGUUUUAUGUGGGCACAGCCAACCCCGCAGUAAAACCGGGAUUGACAGCAGAAUUUAAAUUUUUUGUUUGGUUGAAGCAUUUACUGUUGCAGUGUAUAGGCAAACGAAAUCAAGAAUAUGAACAAAUAGUAGUAGUAGCACCAGUUCACCCUGGUUUAGAUGUACAGGAAGCACAACUAAAUGAAGAUAAUGAGGAUUUCGCAUCAAGGCGUCGAUACCAUCAAUCAGCUACUGUGCAUGGACAUUACGUAAACAUUGACGGAUAG